UCCUUGUAUUUUGCGUCCGAUGUGCAACGUUGCUGUUGGCAUCUGUAGUUCACGUGUCUCACUGAGUCGUUUGCAUUCAGGAGUCUGAGGUGUCGUUUUGGGAAGGGACAUGCCCACAGGUGUGUUUUGCACAAAUCUGUGCCCAGCUUUUGAAGAUGGCUUUAUUAAAAGUGCUCCCGCUGGAUCCAGGAGAUGAAGGCACACAGAGGUGCAGAUUGGGGCCUGCCGCUUUCUCCUCCCUGGGUGCCAGACUAGGCUCCCCAGUUAGGAUCACCCUGCCCACUGGCAUUUGCCUGUGUACAGCCUGGCCUCGUCAUGACUUGGCCGAUGGCUACUUGCAACUGGACCUCAAGUGUAGAACUCGCACUGUCAAGGUGGACCAUUUACGGAAUCUCACUCUGAGCACUGACCAUUUGCAAGUCCUGGAAUGUCACAGACUAAGAAAACUGACAGUCAAGGUGGUCCUUAGGAACCGUGCCAUGAAAAAAUGCAUGUCGGAAGCCAUGCUGCAGGAAUUGGCCAAAGAGGUAUUGCGAAAUGCUUACGUUUCCCUUUGUCACGUUGUUACAUUCAGGCCAAUUCUGGGUAAUCUAGUGGCAUGCAUUGAAAUACUGUCUAUGGAGCCUGCCACAGAAGAAGCUGGUUUAGUAACCCCCAGAACCAAUGUCUUUGUUAAAGAGGUGGUCACACUAGACUGGUAUAACCUUUUGGUAGAAGACAGUGGAAAAACACUAGUGGCUGGCAUGGAGGAUGUCAGAAGGUCGUUGAAAGAGAUGAUUGACUUGCCUUUACACUUUCCAAAAACCCUCCAGAAACUAGGCCUUUCUGUUCCAAGAGGAGUGCUUCUGGUAGGGCCUCCAGGUGUGGGCAAGACUAUUUUUGUCAAAGCAGUCACUAAAGAGGUGGGUGCUUGUCUUCUUUGCAUUAACGGCCCUGUUGUGUACGGUCCAAGACCUGGAGAAAGUGAGGAGAACCUGCGACGUGCAUUUGAGCAAGCCAGAGAAAUGUCCAAUGAAGGACCAACGGUCCUGUUUAUCGAUGAGAUUGACUCCUUGUGCCCUAAACGAGAAAGUUCAAAUAAUGCUCCGGAAAAUCGUCUAGUGGCUCAGUUGCUAACUCUUAUUGAUGGGACUGAUGGAAGAAACAAGAUGGUGAUCAUAGCAGCAACAAACAGGCCUGAUGCUCUAGAUCCUGCACUGAGAAGGCCCGGCAGAAUUGACCGUGAGAUUAUCAUUGGGACACCAACCAUUUCACAGAGGAAAUCCAUUCUGCAGCUGAUUACUGCUAGCAUGCCUGUGUCCAGCGACGUCAAUUUGCAUGAGCUUGCAGAAAUAACAACAGGUUAUGUUGGAGCUGACCUCACAGCCCUCUGCAGAGAAGCUGCCAUGCAGGCUGUGAUUCGUGCUUGUUCGGAAUCAAUUAGUGCAGUCAACAUGUCGGACUUCUAUGAAGCACUGAAAAAGAUUCAGCCAUCAUCUUUUCGAAACAGCAUUGGGCUGUCGGAUUUCAAGCCUGUCACCUGGGAUCAAAUUGGGGGCCUCGAAGAUGUGAAGCUAAAGUUAAAGCAGAGCAUUGAAUGGCCAAUAAAAUUCCCUGAGGCUUUCGUUAGGAUGGGGCUGGCCCGCCCAAAGGGUAUCCUUUUAUAUGGACCGUCGGGUUGUGCCAAAACGACCCUUGUGAAAGCAGCCGCCACGAGCUGCCACUGCUCCUUUCUGUCCGUGAGCGGUGCUGAUCUUUUCUCAUCUUAUGUUGGCGACUCAGAGAAGAUUUUGUCCCAGGUCUUUCGCCAAGCAAGAGCUAAUACUCCAGCAAUAGUGUUUCUGGAUGAAAUUGAUUCUAUCCUGGGUUCCCGAUCUGUUGGUAAAACGGGGCACGGUGUCCAGGAGAGAGUUCUUUCUGUCCUCCUCACUGAAUUGGAUGGCAUCGGACUUAAGGUCACCGAGAGAAGAGGAAAUAAAGCAGAGUUGGAUGCUGACUGUCAAGAACAGAUUAAAAAUGAUAAAAAGCUGGAACUUCAGGAGGUUUUCAACAAAGAUGUUGUGGUUGUGGCUGCAACAAAUAGACCGGACAUGCUGGAUGAUGCCUUGUUGCGUCCUGGGCGGUUGGACAAGAUUAUCUAUGUUCCUCCUCCUGAUCAGAAGGGAAGGCUUUCUAUUUUGAGACUCUGCACCAAAAGAAUUCCGAUAGAUUCUGAGGUGUCCUUAGAAGACAUAGCAGCCCGAGCUAAUCUGUUUUCUGGAGCCGAUCUUGAAAAUCUCUGUAAGGAGGCUGCUUUAUUGGCGCUGCAGGAGAACCACGUUGAAGCAACAGCUGUGAGACACAAACAUUUUGUGAUGUCAUUUGAGACUGUGAAACCAUCAUUAACACCCAAAGAGUUGGAAUUUUAUGAAAAAUUAUUUACAAAACAGGAGCGGCCUUUGUAAAGCAACAGGAAGGGAAAAAAUUGUACUCUGCAUUUGUGGAACCAACCCUGAUCAUAGACCUAUAAAGAAAUGAAAAAGUGACUAAGAAGGAUCUGUUACAGCAGUUCUACGGAGCCUGCACAAUAUGUUACAGGGGUUGUGCCCAGACUACAGUAAAACACAGUACUUGUUCUGUCCUGUGAACAAGGGAAUUUCUGUUGACAUUACCAACCAAUCGGUGCUGCGAACUGGAAAAAAACAGUUUCCCUUGACCUUGAUCCUGGAGAACAAAAAAUCUUCAUCUCCCCAAAAUAGUAAGACUACAGAUCCCCAGCAAGCCUACUCCAGUUUUACAUCUUCACCCCCUGUUUCUAAGGUAUAAUAAAGACUAUGCCUUAGACCAGUUAGGUGUGGCGCUAGUGAGGGAGGAUGACCACUACAUUCACCAGAGUCCCAGGAUCUCAUAUCUGUUAUCAAACCACUGAAGAAGAGUAAUCAUAACCUUAUCAGAUUCCAUAUAUGUGUGUGUGAGAGAGUAAACGUGAAUGAAGGAUCAAGUUGUGGAAGAUGCCACAAUGCAUGGAAUCCUAGCAUACAUGUUAUGUUGGCUGCUUACCAAUCCUCUGCUAAGGAAGCAGAUUUUAGGAAAGUCUUGCCCAAAUGAGGAAAAGAAAAACUCUGGCAAAACAAAGUUAAUAAUAAGAAAGACUCCAACCGAUUCCGCAAAAGCAGUUGUUCCGCCCUCGAUCUCCUAUUUCCCCCGGCUGUACUGUUCAAUUUUCCACUGUUCUCUGCAUGGCCACAUUUUGACCCGCAUCUCCUGAUUUCCCCUGCAUCUGCUUGAUCCUAAAAAUGCAGCCAAUCUUGUAAAAUUCUUUGAGAGUGUCAGCAAUGUUAUCCCAAUCUUUAAUAAAGGGAAGAAAGAUGA